AUGCUUCCUCUCGCUCGCUCCCUACCAAUUUCACCUGAAACGACAGUACUCAACGUCGUUUCAUCUCUCCAGCAAACACAACACAUCCUCUCAAUCGACCCGACUCGUUCCUCACUCACUCACCACCACCACACCCGAAUCCUCGACUCGAGGGAGACUCAUCCCGAGUUACCAACCCGAGGAGCUAACGACACCUGCCAUCUCCGGAAGCUAGCCAAGGAAGUGGCGAGCAUCAAAGCCAAGUCUUUCUCUUACUGCUUCGGUCGAGUCUCGAUUUCAACUCGGCGCCGGAGACGCGACGGCUCCCCGCUUGUCCGCAACAGCGAGAUCGUUACUUCUUACUACGUCGGGCUCGGUGGAUUCAGCGUCGGUGGUCAGCAAGUCUCCAUCUCGGCUCCGGUGUUCGCCGUGGACGCUUCGGGAACCGCCGUGACUCGGCUUCAGACUCAGGCCUAUAACUCGCUGCGCGACGCGUUUGUUAAACUCAAGAAGGGGCCCGUCGAGCAUCUCUUUGUUCGACACUUGCUAAGAUUUAUCGUCUCUCUCCACCGUGAAAGUCCCGACGGUGACGUUUCAUUUCACCCCGGAACGUUUUGCUUAGCUUUUGCUCCGACGUCGUCUUCGUUGUUAUUGAUCAUGGGGAACGUGCAGCAGCAAGGGGACACGUAUCACUUAGGAUCUAGCGAAUCAUCUUAUCGGACUGUCAGCUAA